AUGGCCGCGGGCGUCCGGAGCCGAGGGCGCCCAGUCGGGAAGCCCGGAGUCAGACCCGCGGUGCCAGCCGCCCGGGGCCGACUCCCGGCGCGCAGCCAUCCCGCUCCCGCCCCGCGGAUUCCCGCGCUCCGCCCGCCCCUAGGGGUCGCCGUGGCAACGGACGCCGGGUACCGGACUCCAACUCCGCCGAGCCCCCAGCUCCGCGAGAGGCGCCCGGCUCAGCCGCAGCCCCGGGCUCCGAUGGCGACCUGGGGCGACGCGCCCGAGACCAAGGAGUGCCGGAAGAUCCUCAAGAGCCUCGAGUCGACUAUUGAACAAUUCCGGUUCAGCCCCAGACUUAAAAUUUCCGAUGAUUUGAAGGUUGGCUUUUUCAGCACAGACCAUGCUACCCAAACAGAUUCCAAUGAAAUUUUGCCAUUAAAAGAGUUGAGUUCAUCCACAGAGAAGCUAGUACAGGUUAUUAGAUCCCUGCAGGUGGACUUUGGGUUCAUCAGAGAAUUGCUUCAGUUGAAGUUUGAGGACCGGCUUAAAGAGGAGUCUUUCAACCUCUUCACUGCUCUACAUGACAGGAUCCUAACAAUGGAAAAACAUUAUCAAGAGAAUGAGGACAUCAUAAGAAAAUGCUACAAUCAGCAGCUGGUCGACGCCAUAGCUGUUAUCAAAGGAAUGUACAAGCAAUUCUUUGAGGUGGAAGAAGAGACUGGGCAAGAAUCUGCAACUAUCAAAAUGAGUAUUUUGUUAAAAAGACUGAAGGAGAGAGAAGAAAGUAUUAAGGAUUUAAGAGAAGAACUAGAUCAAUAUGAAGAGUCUAAAUGUGAAAAACUUGACGCUCUUGCCCGAGAGACAGCCCUAGAAAGAGAGAAUAUGGAGCACAGACUGGAAAAUGAGAGACUGCUUCAAAUCAUUGCAGAACUCGAAGAAACAAUCCAACUCAAUCUAAGGGGAAAUUCACUAUUAGAAGACGAAAUUAUAUAUCUGAAAGAGUCGGCAGUAAAGGAUCGUAAAACUAUUCAAAAGCUAAUUCAUGGUCGAGACAGAUUACUACGUGAGCUUGAUUAUGAAAAAUCAGUUGUUCAAGAAAUGAUUAAUAAACAGAAGGAGGAAAUGGAAAUAAGGAGGAAGAUCGGCAGCCUGAGCAGCAAGAAAUCACUCAAGGAGGAAGAAACGUCUUUGUCUCUGUCUUGGUCUCCGGGGCCCUUACAGCCCAUGGCUCCAUCCAGGGAUGGAACCAUUUCCAAAGCGUGCUCGUCCCCUUUCAGUCUGGCGCCUGUUAAGGUCAAGAAAGUUAAGACUCCAAAGAAAUCUGCAAAGGAAGAACAGCUUGCGGAAGCAAGACAGGGACAUCGGAAAGAAGACAGUAAUAAAAGAGAUAAAAGACAAUUUCCAGGAACGCCUGAGUGGCUCAGUCAGGCAAGAUCUCCAAAGCCAGUUGAAGUGCAGGAAGAAAUGAAGGGGAAAUUACUAGUAGCUGAGAUUGAAGGCAAACAUGUUCUGGAGAAGCAAAUACAAGUACUAAAGGCCAAUUUAGAAAAUGAGAAAAAGAAGGCAGAAAGAUUAAGGAAGGAAUCAGAAUGGAUGAACAAAAACUGGGAAAAGAAAUUCUAUAUUCUCAGGAAGAGCUUUCAUGUUCUUAAAGAUGAGAUGUUUACCAGGCACACAUUGUUUCGUCAGUGUGCAGUACUUGCUGAUUCAUCCUUCAAUUAUAUCAAAUUAAAACCUUUAUUUGUGCAGUCUAAAAUGAACCUGAUAACAGAUGCCACCUCCUCACUAAGUGAUCAGACAGCUGUGCUAGACACCAAGGACAUGGAUGUAGACAGUGAUCAGAUAUAUUUCCCCUCUUCAUCCAAAGGGACAUUGUCUGGAACCCUGGAAGAAGAGCCUUUGGAGAAGCCACCGAUACUGCAGAACACCCCAGUGACCGAUAUGGACGGCAGCUGCAGCCCAGGACCCAGAAGCACAAAAAAAGAACAAGUUUGAAAUACCAGGUGCAUCCUAGAGAACCACGACAGGGAUUGAUAUGUUACAGCCCAGGACAUGAACCUAGCAAUAAAGAUAUCAUUUCGAUUG